AUGUCUCUGCGGAGUUCGGGGGGCCCCCAAAGGGCCCCGCAGCAAAAGAGGCCCACAGAGACAACUAAAGAAGCAGCAGAGGCCCCCAGCAGUACCCUUAUGGCAUGCAGAUCACUAGAGGGCAGCAGCCAGUCCAGGGGGGGCCCCCCAUGGGACCUCAAGCUGGCCUGGGGGCCCCCCCGGGGGCCCACGCUGCAGCGCAGCAGCAUCAGCGAACACACGAAGCAGCAGAAGAUGCGCACGCCCUGCAGCAGCAGCUCCUGA